AAGACAGUCACCCUGCAGAGAGCAUGAAUGCAUGACAUUGAUCUACAAAUAUGUAUGCAGGUUGCGUGAGGUGGAUGCUCAGCCACACAGUGAAAGCUGUGUGUGGCGGCAGUCUUGGCUACAGGAUACCAGCAUCAAGGUUUCUCAUAUGCACUGAAAGAUCGAACACCAUCCCUGCCACCUGGAGAUGGUCCUCGUUCUCCACAGCGGUAGACGACACAGAACCGACACCUGAACCGAAGAAAAAGAAGCAGGAUCCCCGGGCGCAGAACACCAUCACCAGCGUUGGCCGCAAGAUCCCGCACCGUCACAUCCAGGUGAUCAGUGAGACAGGAGAGAACAUGGGCACCAUGCACCGCGCUGAUGUGCUCAAGCUCAUGGCGGAGAAUGGUCUCAAAUUGGUGGUGCUCAAUGAACAUCAAGACCCUCCCGUCUACCGUCUGAUGACCGGCAAACAGAUCCAUGAAGAACAGCUGAAGCUUCGGGAGAAACAGAAAGCAAAAGCAGCUCCCGUCCAGAUAAAAGAGCUUACCUUUACGUCUGGCAUCGGCACUCAUGACCUCACAACCAAACUGAAACAAGUGGAGAGCUGGUUGGAGAAGAAGCACCAUAUUCGGAUCACUAUGCGAUUAGGCCGUGGGCGUCCUGCAGACAACCUGGACACAAAUCUGGAGCAGAUGGUGCAACAAAUGGAGGUCCCUGUGGCGUUUGUUUCCAAGACAAAAAUCAUACGUGACGGUCGAGCAGCCAUGUGCAUCGUCCGACCACCAUCGGCGAAAGAGCUGUCGGAAAAAAAGAAAAAUAAGACUUCACCGCCGCAACCUGACAGCUCCAGUUCACAAGACGCUCAGCCCAAAACAUCUCCAGUUAGCAGCACAGACACAACAGAAGGGGCUACGCAGCAGUGAGCUGAUGGGAAUAAAAUGCUGGGUUUUUUUUUUCAGAAACAAGUCAACAUCUGUUCCUAAAUGUCACAGUUUGGUGUAAAAGCCUUCAGUCGGGCUCUUCUUAUAGCGUGAAAAUAUUUAAUGUCAUGUUUAAAGUUUGGUACAAGAGGGACUAUCCUUUACUCCUCUGAAAGUGUCAUCUUUGUGGGCCUUGUUUCUUACAAGAGGCAGAGCUACACUGGAACUUUCUUUGGUAUGAGUUAGUUCUCAUAUUACAGCCAUACUAGCCAACAUAAAGGCGAACUAACUGGAUCGCUAGUUGCUGUAGGAUUUAAGGUAAAAACAGAUGGAGGAUGUGACUUGUACAGGUGAUGAUUACACUCAUACUUCUGUGCUUCCGAUAGACUUACAUUCAUUGCUGGUAGCCUUAUCUUGACAUUUACUUGCCUAACAACCCUUCACACUAAGAUCAUGCAACAAAACAUACGAGAGGGUGACAAUCUAAAGUGUAUUUCAAGUGUUUUACUCAGUUGUCUGGCCACAACAAGCCUCCAGAAAAGCUUCAGUAUUGUUUAUUCUCUGGAUCUUUACUGGAGAAUCUUACAAAGGACACUGACCCACUGAUGUUAAAUUAACAUCUAGAGCCUCCAAGGCCCAUAGCAGAUGAUUUAGCACUCCUGUCAGUCAGAUCUUUUCUUUGAUGUUGAACUCCUCAGAGUUUUAUACACGUUAGGAUGUUUAUUUCUCAUUUCUGUCAUGCUUUAAACCUGUAUGAAAGCAUCAAAAAUGAAAUUAUGUAGAUGUUCGUUGGUCCUCAUGAAGGACGAUGAAGCCUAAUGACUUUGGUGAUCUGACCUUUCCUUUAGUGACACCAGCAGGUUGACUCUUUGUUUUUUAGUGUCAUUUCUUGGAUGGAUUAUAUUGAAAUUUGGUGCCAUCUACAGGCCAAAAUGUCCAAUGCUAUUAGGUUUAUGACCAAAUACUUGCAGAAUACAGUACAUCAGUACACUGAU